CGGCGGGCGGCGGGAAGGAGAGCAGCGGCAGCGUGACACCAGUGAUUCCAGAGAGGAUGUUAUUGUGUCACUGUUAUCAUCACUGUCCUGAAGACUCCACCAACAACACCUGCAGGACUGAUGGUUACUGCUUCACUAUGGUGGAGGAAGAGGAGGGCGGCUCUCUGGUGCUCACGUCCGGCUGCCUGGGGUCAGUGGGCUCAGAGUUUCAGUGCAGGGACACUGGGAACGCUCGUCUGAGGAGGAUCCUGGAAUGCUGCACGGAUCAGGAUUUCUGUAACCGAGACCUCCAUCCGACGCUGCCUCCACUCAAGAGACCCGAUCAGGACAGCAGAAUUCAUCACACGGCUCUGUUCACCUCCGUGAGCAUCUGCUGCGUCAUGCUGAUCUUCAUCAUCAUAUACUGCUAUCACAGGUAUAACCGUCAGGGGACACGGGCGCGCUACAGCAUGGGUCUGGAGCAGGACGAGAGCUUCAUUCCCGCCGGAGAAUCUCUGAAGGAUCUGAUUGAACAGUCUCAGAGCUCCGGCAGCGGAUCAGGACUCCCUCUGCUGGUGCAGCGAACCAUCGCCAAACAGAUCCAGAUGGUGAAGCAGAUCGGGAAGGGCCGUUACGGCGAGGUGUGGAUGGGCCGCUGGAGGGGCGAACGGGUCGCCGUCAAGGUCUUCUUCACCACAGAAGAGGCCAGCUGGUUCAGAGAGACCGAGAUCUACCAGACCGUCCUGAUGAGACACGAGAACAUCCUCGGUUUCAUCGCAGCGGAUAUCAAGGGCACGGGCUCGUGGACGCAGCUGUAUCUGAUCACGGACUAUCACGAGAACGGCUCGCUGUACGACUACCUGAAAUCCACCACACUGGACAGCAAAGCGCUGCUGCGGCUGGCGUACUCCGCCGUCUCCGGCCUCUGCCACCUGCACACCGAGAUCUUCGGCACACAGGGCAAACCGGCCAUCGCUCACCGAGACCUGAAGAGCAAAAACAUCCUGGUGAAGAAGAACGGCACCUGCUGCAUCGCUGACCUCGGGCUCGCUGUCAAAUUCAUCAGUGACACUAAUGAAGUGGACAUCCCGCCCAACACGCGGGUCGGCACCAAACGCUACAUGCCUCCGGAGGUGCUGGACGAGAGCCUGAACCGCUGUCAUUUCCAGUCCUACAUCAUGGCAGACAUGUACAGCUUUGGCCUGAUCCUGUGGGAGAUGGCCAGGAGAUGUGUGUCCGGCGGGAUCGUGGAGGAGUAUCAGCUGCCGUAUCACGAGCUGGUGCCGACGGACCCAUCCUACGAGGACAUGAGGGAGGUGGUGUGCAUCAAGAGACAGAGACCUUCGUUUGCGAACCGCUGGAGCAGCGAUGAGUGUCUGCGGCUGAUGGGCAAACUGAUGACCGAAUGCUGGGCUCACAAUCCCGCGUCCCGUCUGACCGCCCUGCGGGUGAAGAAGACACUCGCCAAGAUGUCCGAGUCUCAGGACAUCAAACUGUGAGCCGAAAGUCACUCCGUCCCGAGAGUCUGGGAAGAAAGAACGGCUUUAUCCUGCUUUCUGUGAAAGUUCACUCAAGCCGCUCGCCCUGCAGGCCAUCACGGGUCACACACCUUCAGAUAAACUCUGACCGUCACUCCAUCCAGCAUCAUCAAACCAUAAACACUGUUCAAUCUGCAACUCAAACUCUCAACUAAACCAUUCAAUGAACUUUGACCCACCCAACAUUAACAAACAAAGCUUUUUCCUCACGUUCUCCAGAAGACAAACAGAAAUGACGGCCAGGUUUUCACGCUGUAGAAAUACGUCCUUGUAAAAUAUGAUUGUAUAUACUGAAUGUCAUGAGUUAUAGAAAGAUGUUUUCUUGCAUUACAAGAACGUUUGUACAGAAUGCUUUCUUUCAUGUUGCCUUGUGCCUUAUUUAACACACACAUGUAAAAGUUUAAUAUUUCAUAGUUCUAUGUAAAUGGAGUGACAACUAACUGUACGUGCUUAACAUUCCUGUCCCUUUAAUAAAGUCAGCUCAAUUCUGACAUGC